UAGCUGCUUAGACCAGUAUUGUCCCUGUACCUUAUCCGGCCACCUGUGCGGGAUGGUUGGGUGUGCCAAAGUUAAGAUAUGUCUGAAUUACCAACACGACAACAAUUGCGUCAUCGCCGAUGAAUGUAAUGUUCGCAUGACGUGUUACUCGGUUGUCAAUGGAAGGGAGUGUUUGGUGCGGGAUAGGGGGUGUCCGUAUGAUCACGAGGAUGAGGAUGUUCGGCGGCGGUUGUAUGAGCAUCGUCAUGCUAGUCAUUGAAACACUACCGGUAUGGGGUGUUGUCCGUCUUACUGGUAGUCUGGAGGACCGUAAGGAUACGGACCAAAGUCUUUAGCUUGUGAGCUAUUCCGUGGCCGCCCAGGGUUUGUAUUAUCAGGGCUCUUUGUC